UUUUUUUUAAAUAAUUCAUUUUUUCUCUUUCCUUAUCAGAUUUUUUUUUUUGAUAAAAUGGAGGCCUAUCAUGACGAAAGAACUACUUUACUUCCAACUACAACAGCAACAAAUGAUAGCAUAAAUCAAAUUAGCCAGAGGAAAGGGCUAAAAUACUACUUGAUAUGGUUAUGGAGGUUUUGUAUCUUUACAGUAACAGGCUCUUCUAGUGUUCAUGUCACAAGCAUGUUGUUGAGAUUACUCCAUUAUAAAAAUGAUACAUGGUUUUACUAUAUUGUAUUCUUUUUUAUGGAGCUUGUUGUUUAUACAAUCAUGAUUGUCGCGAUCGGUAGUUUACUAUUUCAAUGGCAAUUCUUUUGCAUGAUUGCUUUCAAGAUGUGGUCUUGGCUAUUACCACAAAAAAUGAAGAUUUGGUGUUAUGAACAUCUUCAUAGCCAUAGGAUUACACUUUAAUUAUUUUUAUAUUAUAUUAUAUUUGAGUAAUAGUUUUCGAUAGAAACAAUGAUACCUAUACAUAUGAAAGACAAAUUAAACAUAUGAAUUAUUUUUUCUCAGUA